AUGCUCGGAAAAGUAGAGAGAGAGAAGCUAUUUGUGGAGAAUGGAAGCAUAUUACUGGAGAAGUUAAUUGCCUGUGGUAGUAGCAGGUCUAUUCCCAUCCGUAGCUUCUCCAUUAAAGAGCUCCUGAAGGCCACGAACAACUUCGAUCCUCACCUUCUUUUUCACAAAGAUGGGUUUUUUCAAUGGUACAAUGGGUCUUUCGAAGACAGGUUCAUUUCCGUUAAGAAAUAUUACACAAAGCGAGAAUUCAAAGAAGCACACCGAGAAUUCUCAAAAGGAAUACCGGACCUUCCCUUCACUGAUAUGGCUAUCUGUGCAAAGAUGUGCGCUCACAAGAAUGUUCUUAAGCUCAUAGGGUGCUGUCUCGAGACUCCAUCUCCCGUUCUAGUCUACGAAUCUGAUGAAAAUAGAACCCUUUCCGACCGAAUUCUUGCCUCUAAUCCACAAGAUCGACCUAUGCCAUGGACGAGCAGGCUCAAGGUUGCAAGGGAGAUUGCUCAUGCUAUUGCAUAUCUCCACACAGCCUUCUCCAGACCCAUUGUUCAUGGGAAUAUAAAACCAGGAAACAUCUUCUUUGACCAACGUGACAUUCCCAAACUAUCUGAUUUUUCAAUGUGUAUUGAAAUCCCAGAGGGUGAAAUUGAGGUGAUAGAUUUGGUGGGGUCUCGUUGUAUCACAUGCCCCUACUAUAUUGGUGCGGGCAUUGUGACGGAAAAAACCGAUGUCCAUAGCUUUGGAUAUCUUCUGUUGGAGAUUGUAGCUGGAAAAUCUUUAAGGGAUCUAUGCCGCGGAACUGGUUAUUUUACAAACUGGCAAGAUUACACAAGAACAAACAUUGUAAAGAAUGUCGAAUCUGCAAUCCAGGCAGGGGAAGUAGAAGCUGGUCUGAAGCAGCAAUUGCAAGCCUCAAUGGAGCUUUCCCGGAUAUGCAGAGAUGAGAAUCCAGAGUCUAGGCCAACCAUGGUUGAUGUUACAAAAGAACUACGACGGAUUGAGAGGUCCAUUCCAUAA